AUGUCCACACCUGGAGAGGUUCUCCCCAAGCGACGCGUCACUGCUGAUGGCGAGUUAGGCCAACUACACAACAAAUAUUCUCGCAAACGACGACGCACCAAGGAAGAGAUCGCCGCCGAUAAAGCAAGAGAGGCGGAGGAAAAGGUAGAAAAAGAGCAACAGGCAGCUGAAGCCCACGCAGAAUCGUUGCGCAUUGCUGCUAGAAAAGAAGAUGACGUUCAGCGUCGUGAGGCUCAGAUCAGAGCGAAUUCUACACGCCCCGACCUUGUGACAAUGGCGGCUCACCGAAAAUACCGUGCCAGAGAGGCAGAGGAAGCAGAAAUGGACAUUGACGAGUUAGCAGCUGAGGCUGACAAUUCGGAGGGUGCACUCACCGAUGACCCUAUCCAGUUGCCACCUUUGUCGACCAUGGGGACAGACUCUGAACCCGAUUUUACCUUGCGUAACGAAGGAUUUGAGGGUGAAGAGAGUGGAAGCGAUGAUGAAUACGAACCUGAUCGUGAAGAGGGGAGCGCGAAGGACACAGGGCGAAAGAAUUCCAUGGUUGCGGAGGGGGAAGACGACGAGGAUGAGGCCCGUCUCUUCCAGGAGUUUCUGGCAAUGCGUAGGAAGGGGGAAAAGUUGAAGAAGAAGAAGGCGGCUGAGAAGAAACCUGAACGCGGCGCUCUUCGUGCACAGAUUGAACAACUGAGGGAUGAGCCCACUCCUGCGCCCACUCCGCUGAGUGCCAAACGGAAGACUAUGGUGGCCAUUGAUGUUGACGAAAGUCCAAAAAAAGGGAAGCGCGCAAAACCCGCGGAGAUUGGCGGGCUCAAGUCAAACUGGAAGAAGCUCGUCGGUGUUGAUAAGCGCCCUCCGCCAUCCAACAAACGUGAAUCCUCACCCAACAUCACUGACGACUUGGACAAUGAACUCAAGGGUGAGUUUGCGGGGGACGAGAGCGCUACUAAUCUAGCAUCUGCACGCAAAUCGAAGACCACGGACGCUGCUGUGAAAAAAACUCUUUCAAAGGGAACAGCUCAGAUGGGGAUCACCCUGCAAGCCAAGGUGGAGCCUGCGGACACUCCACUUCCAGUCAGAAGUGAAAAACCGCCAAAAUCGACCUACGUGAAUGGGGACCUUCCCUUCGAAAACCAUCGCCGCGACCUCAAGGACUGGCAGCACAAGUUCAUCCCCGAGUUGUGCGACUGGGCGGGGACCAUCGAGCAACCCUUCACGGCCAAUGCUCACCCGGAUUUCGCUCAUAUUGUCGAAACACUUUGGGCUAGUUACUUUCCCACUACAGGGGUGGCUACUGAUGCUGUCCAUUUCAUGGCGUGGUCCGCACUGAAGAAUUGGAGGAGCGACAUUGGCAAGCGUGUUCUUGCAUACCUCAAGAACCUUUUCGCAAACAAGCCGUUCAAUAACGAUGCAGUCAAAAUUCAAGAAUACGUGGCCGCUAAUCUCCUCAAAGUAACCUUUAUCUACCGUGAUCAAAAGAAUAUGACAGGAGCGUAUCGCUCUGACAUUGUUCUAGAUGUGUUCGCUUCCCAUCUUCGAUAUGUCAUGCAGGUUGCCUCAACCCAUGGAGACCAAACAGGCGCGAUGUCUGUCUGCGUAGCAGCGGUGGAACGCGGGUUGACGCUGUGGAAGAACGGAAGGGAACCAUCAGCUGCUGAUGCCACCAAAAAGAAUUUCGUUGUCAACCCCUGGGCUGAACACGCACACAGAUAUCUUCCGAAGAUCAAGGAACUGUCGGUGAAGAAGUGGGAAGCGAUCAUUCAACUGGCCGCCCCCUUCAUCAAGAACCCGGACCUCAUCAUCGAUCUUACAGAGGAAAGCUACAUCAAGGAUGACAUGCGAGGAGACGUUCAGCUCUCUCCAGACGAAGAUUCAGAGGGUUUGUGGUCCCAUAAUGAAAUUGUGGUUUUGUCAACGAUCAAGUUAUCGCCGCAAAAUCUGUCAUCUCAGGUCGAGAGUCUUGCUACCGCUGAGCCAAAGCCGACUUCUGCCUCGAAAUAUGCUACCUGUCUUGAAAUUCACGGUCUAUAUCUCCUGAAAGACAGGGAUGUACCUUCAGGAGAGGAGGCCAAGGUUAGGACAUUCCUCUUCCCAGCAGUUGCGUCCUUGACUGGGUUCGAACAGUCAUCAUACAAAACCUCAAGACUUUCUCUCUGGGCCACCCGAUUCAGCAUUCUUGAACAUCACACAUCUGAACUUGAAGGAAACAUUUGGUCGUCUUUGCGGUUGGAAAACAUACAUCUCCAUGAUAUCGUCACGGAUCACAUCCAACUGGCCCUCAUCGAGUAUCUAACAUCAUUCUCUGGGCUUCGACGUCUCAGACUUAGACGAGCUUCACGGUUUUCCAUGACGCCACUUCCAUCUGAUCAACUUGCCAUCAUGUUUUAUGAACGGGCUCUACAAAACCACAUCCGUUCCCUCGAAUCCCUCGAAAUCGACACAGGAUAUGAAGGGAAUUGGUCCUUUCCGAACUACUGUGCCAGCAUAAUACAACAAUGUGGAUGCCUAACCACUCUUAAAUUACCCAUCGACUCUAAGGACAUCGGAGAAGAGGACGACGAUGAGGAGGAUGAGGAUGGAAACGAAGAUGGAGAUGACGACAACGGUGACGGUGAUGAGGAGAAUUCACCCCCUGGCAGAGGCAAUCGCAAUGCAGUUUGGUUACUUUUGGACAUCUGCGCAAAUCUACCUGUUUUGAGGGCUGUUGAAUUACUGAGUACUUCUCAAGAAAGCACUCGAGGGGACUACGCAUAUGAGUAUACCGCUGAUAGGCAUGCUCGGAUGGAUGGCAAAAUCGCCAAUAGAGUGAAAAGUUAUGGGCCGAUCACCUCCGGUCAUGCGUUCCGCGUUUCCGUAGCUCGAGAAGAAUUUGAGUUGCGGUGUGAUGAGUUGGGUAUGAACGUUGGGUACCGACGUAUUAGCGUGGACACUGAUGAAUCUGGGUGGAUAAUGGAAUGCAAACCAAAAUGCAUUGGUGCAUAUCGAGUUCUCGACGUGGUUCUGCAUCGUCUCCACGAACAGGUGUAA